GCCCGAUCCAAACAGAUAUUUGAAGUAAAGUAAUCAAAGUCGAAACACACGUGCUUUCGUGUCCGGCUUCAACGCGAAUUCCCAUGAUAUCUGCGCAUUGCCGCGUUUUACUUUUUCUACCCGCGUCAGACGGACAGCUGAUUCCCCACCUCUGAACCACAGUGAAUUGCAGAUCGAUGGUGAUGGAGAAAGAUAAAUAGACCCCGUCUCCCCCAAGAACGACCUCAGCUUCUCCAGCUUCUCCAGCUUCCUCCUCAUUCUCGAUCCAGCAGUACAAUCAGUACGACACCACCACCAAGCAACACAAGUGACCUCCAUUUUCCACCUCCCACCACUCAACCCACUUCAAAACUUUGAACCUCCAAAAUGCCAGGCAAGGUCGUCUGCCGGGACGAGUGGUUGGCUGCUCGCAAAGAGCUCCUCGACAAAGAGAAAGCUGCAGUUCGAGCAGCCGCUGCCUUCAAGGAGCAACUUCGAAAUGACUUUCCCAUGGUGAAGCUCGACAAGGCAUACACCUUCGAAGACCCCAAGGGAAAAUACACAUUGGCAGGCCUCUUCCAGGGCCGCAAGCAAUUGAUUGUCUAUCACUUCAUGCUUGGACCUGAUGACGAGGCCGGAUGUUCUGGAUGCAGCUUCCUCACUGACAACCUUCCGUCAUCUUUGACGCACUUGUACGCUGCCGACACCACCUUCGUUCUUGUUUCUCGUGCCCCGGUCGCAAAGAUUGAGCAGUACAAGAAGAGAAUGGGUUGGGAUUUCCCAUGGUACUCCUCUUUCGGUACAGAAUUCAAUUGGGAUUUCAACGUGAGCCUGGACAAGGACGUUAAAUCUCCGGUCGUCUACAACUACAAGGAGAUGGAAAAGCCGUUCAAGGGUGAGCUCCCAGGCUUGAGCGUCUUCUACAAGGAAGGCAACGACCUCUUCCAUACUUACUCGACGUAUGCCAGAGGCUUGGACGGUUUGCUUGUGACCAACCAGCUGCUCGAUCUCACGCCACUUGGCAGACAGGAUGUUCCCUGGAAGCGCCACGAUGAGUAUGAUUCCAAGGACCUCAAGGCUAAUUGAGGUUAUGAGGGCUUGGGUGUCUAGGCAACAGAAGUUUCUUUUGGGUGGAAUUUGAAAGUAUUUUGGCAUGCACCAAAUGACGAGACUGGAAGCAAGCAGUUCGUUCUUAACGGAAGAUGGCUUGGGCAAAGGUUCUCGGCGAUUGGCAGAAGUUCUCUCUUUGAAGUUAAAUUGAUGGUAUCUUCUCUUCGCAUUCAAGAUCAUGAAACUUCUUGACAUGUGACUUAUUGCUGUUUCCACCGUUCGAAGUCAGCCGGCCCACUUAUCCUUAAUAAUAUGUUUAUGCAAUACGUUCCAAUGUCC